AUGCGAUGCUUGCUAAUACGCGCUCUGUUGGCCGCACGGCCGGACUUCCUCUGCCGUGGAAGGCACGGGCUCCUUUACGCAAAGCGCAACUUUUGCGUUGAACGUGCCGUAGACAGGGGAAAUAAUACAUUAGAUAGUCACCUCAGAAGUCUUGGUAAUGCGCAGGCGCGGCAAAUAGUGGCUCAGAUUGCGCAGAAGAACCAAUACCUUAGGACCUCGAAACCAGCUGUCCUCACCGAAGCACUAGAACGUGCCAAAGCUGAGCACCCCAGCUGUGUCAUAGUGGCACGUUGCGGAGACACUUUAGAGGUCCAUGGUACGGAUGUUGCUCUGUGUAUCGAGUACUGCGGUCUCCAGCCGACAGGGAUUACACCGCAUCUCGAAAUACCACCUGACAGGUUGCCGCAUGCCGUUGAAGCGCUUCGCCGCCGUGGCAUCGGCACGGUGAUGUAUGAUUUUGUCAAUGCAUUGGAAGCUGAGUCAGAAGACGAUGAACGUUUGAUUCUGCGAAAGUCACUCGUAUUUUCGCAUGAAGCACAACCAAGGGAUGGUCACGUGACAUACGACCGUCAGAGCGCUGAUGCAAAAAUAAGUGGAGGUGCGAUGGGAGUAACACACAACAGGUUGGGAUAUAGCGUGUCGAUAAUAGAUCCGGUAAAACGUACAGUCGAGAUUAGGGAUCGUCUCACCUUUGCGUCGGCACUGUCGCUGCUCCAGUCAGCAAACUGCCGGGUGAUCAUCUUCCAAAAUGGAAACGCGCAAGUAAAAAAACUGCUGUCACAAGUCCCAAAUGCGAUACACUAUGAACCCUUGCAGGGUCAUAGCAACUCUAAGGCCUUCCACGACGCGGCCUGUCGCAGCAUUAAAAUGAGGCUGGAGAUGCGUGGAGGAUUCAAGGUCGUUAACAAGGCCAUUUCGAAUAUGGAACGUGGUUCCCUCGACCUUGAAACUGCCUCCGUGUUGGGGCUCGGUGACAGCGGUGGGGCCGGUCCUGGCACCAUGAACGGUCUGCACAUGCAGAUGUUACCGUCUAAUGCACCCCUUUACAUGAAGCGCUACAUGAGGUUCAUGCUGGCGCAUCCGCCUCCGGCAGACGUAGCGGAUGACGUGAGGUACGUCGUAGGCAAGCUGGCACAGAUGCAAGUACCCCUUGUUGACGCCAGGCCUGUAUCGCCGUCUAAAAUAAGAUUUCUAAUCUCGCAGCAAAUGGUAAGCCGAAUGGUGGAUGUAACAUCUCUGCGCGAAAUCGAGGAGGCCCUCAAGGGGUUCACAUAUUACGCGAAGACGCUAGCUCCUGCCAUAUCGAAGCGAGUACACGCUAUAUCCAUUGCGGAUCUCAACCUCAAUUACAAGCUUGCGCAAUUGCUAUCGGAUGCGGAGCGUUGCCUACAAAUCAUCGAUUCAACGAUGUCAUUCCCACAUGCAACCGAGGAUAUGGAAUCGACGGGAAUCGACGCCAUAGACAACCUUUUCAAGAAAUCAGAAUCGUGCAUGAGACACGUAAAUCAAAACCUCUUGUUGAGGGAGCGCAAGCAAGUGGACGAAGCUGCCUUCCACCUCCUGAAGGCAAUCGCCCAAGAAUACAUGUCAGUUCCGCAGUUAGAAGAUUUAGAAGUCGAUACGGUGGCGAAUCGGCGUUCAUUAACUGCAUGUAUACGGAAACAUUUGGAAAGCAAGGUAGACAACAUCCCAAACCUAGUCGUCAACGACCACUUCGUGCUUCUUAAGUCGAUCACUGACUCACCGGACCACACCAUACUGCAAACGACAGAGACUGUUGUCGCCAACAAGCGAGUUAGGGGAUACACGAGCAAGCGCGUGACUGAGGAGCUCCGCAAUUAUCGCAACAAGUGUGCCAUCGAAGAGUCCAAUGCCAAUCAAACCCUCAGGCAUAUCGUUGAAGCUAUAGCGCCUUACGCUCAAAGUAUCAUAAUAUGCUCGCACUUCCUGGUUGUCAUUCAGACGCUGGCAGGGCAUGUGGGUAUGGCGGUGCCGAAAGGCUGGAGUGUGCCGACGUCCUCUAGUACCGGGGAACUGUUAUUGAAGAAAUUCACGCCGGGAUUCCUGCCGCAAGACGACAUAAUUCUGAUAACAAUGAAGCUUAACGGGACACAUGUUUUACUGGGACCUAACAACUCAGGUCGGAGCACUCUCAUCGCAUCAAUUUUGGGGGCAUGCAUAUCUGCCCAGAGUGGUCUGUAUCUACCGUGCGCCAGCGGGUCAAAGGUGCCGAAGUUCACAAAUAUCAUAUAUCAUUCGCCGCUGAGGUACAAUGGCACCGGGGACAUCUCGGCCUUCGAGUACAACAUCAACGCCAUUGAAGACAUCAUCGCAAAGGCUGAUAAUCACAGCUUGGUAUUAAUAGACGACUUGGGCGCACAUUUGGAUGCAUCUCAAGCAACAGCUUUUGUCGCCGCCGUCAUUCAGCGGCUGAUACAGAAGGGCUGCGCCUCCCUGAUUGCCACCAACGUUGGACUGGAACUCCAAAGACGUCUGUCGAAUGCGCAUUUCAACAGCAUUGUCAUGAACAACGGCAACAUGUUGCUUACUGAGUCACAGUAUAUACCUACCCCGUUGAAGCAUGCGCUCGACAAGAGUGACUUCCUGGGGAAGCUUCAGGAGGAUAUGGAUAGAUUUGUUACGCAAUCGAAUCUAGAAACAUCUACUGUGGAUCUAUGUACGCAUUCUGGGAGCUCUAACACACGCGACCCAACGACGUCAACCGUAUCACAAAAGAAGCGUGCAUGCUUCGAAGAGCUUAUACGGGAGAUACCAACUGAGCUGAGGGAAACUGCGGACAUAGUGUAUGAGUUAUUUGAUGAACUGUCUACGAGCUCUGUCAAAAGUGGCUUGGUGCACAUUGCAGCGGGCUGUACGCCGCCGCCCAUUCUCAACAAUGCGCCUGUAACAUAUGCAAUCAUAGUGCCUUUUACGUCGACGAGGAGAAAUGAGGAAGCGGGGUUGCAGGCUAAUUCCUACGCAUGUUUCGCCGAAGGAGAAUUUUGUGCUGCGGUGUAUGUGGGAGAGACAGGAAACCUAGACACCAGGCUGCGAGCGCACAGAUCGAAACCGCUGUCUACGGUUGAUGAGUACAUGGGCAAGACGUACAUGAACCAUGAACCCGAGAUGACCGCAUAUCUGCAGGCGAAAAGCGGCGUUCCGCCCGAGAAAUGUAAACUGUUACUCAAUUGGCAGGCCUCUCAUGUUUUGGCUGCAAAGAUGAACACAAGAAGUGAUGCGAAAGUGUUCGAACGAAAACUGAUAAAGAGGCUCUACAAUUACCAAAACAAGCUAAUACUCCUCUCCCAACGUGACGGGGUGUAUCGGGAAUUAUCAGCUAUUGACUGA